AUGGCUGCACAACUGACGUCAGGCGGGCUCACAACGGAGCAGAUCGCGACCUUCCACAAGGAUGGGUACUUGAUCAUUCCCAACGCCCUACUCCCCACGACUGUGUCUGCUCUGCUGGGCGAGACGCAUUCGCUUCUCGACAACUUCGCGCUCGAGGACCAUCCAAUGACCCGUUUUUCGACGGGCCAGAAAUCCGAACACGUUGGAGACGAUUAUUUUCUCACUUCGGGUGAUAAAAUCCGCUUCUUUUUCGAAGAGGACGCCUUCGAUGCCCAAGGCAAUCUGACCAAACCCAAGUCUCGUGCCGUCAACAAGAUCGGGCACUACCUACACGGUCUUUCUCCGCCAUUCUCCGCCCUCACCAACCCCGCGGGCACCGAGCCUGCGAAGCCCGCUGCCAUCGCCCGGGAUCUGGGGUUUCACGACCCCCAGUGCUUGCAGAGCAUGGUGAUAUGCAAGCAGCCGGAGAUUGGAGGUGCCGUUCCGCCACAUCAAGACUCGACUUUCCUUUACACGAAUUCGCCUUCUGCUGUGGGCUUUUGGUACGCUCUGGAAGACGCUACCCUGGAAAAUGGGUGCUUGAGCUUCCUUCCCGGCUCACACAAGUGGGCGCCGAUUUCGCAGCGCCUUGUGAGGAAGGCGGGGAAUACAGGCACGGAAAUGGUGGAUAAUGAUGGGCCAAGGUUCCCGCCAGGCGAAGGAUACGGGGAAAGGGAGGGCUCAGAUGGGGAGUACGUGCCGGGCGAGGUAAAGGCUGGUACCUUGGUCCUUAUUCAUGGAAACCUCUUGCACAAGAGCGAGAGCAACACGAGUCAAAAAGGGCGCAUCAUCUACACUUUCCAUGUGAUUGAGGGCGAGGGAAGGGAGUAUGACUCGAGGAACUGGCUCCAGCCUCCGGCUAACGGGUUCACAAGGUUGUUUGCGGCCGGGGGCUUGAGGCUCUGCCGGGCUUCGUCUGGGUAG